CAUUCGCGAAGCUGGAGUCGGUCGCAUCCAGAGAUCGCAACCAAGUGUUUCGAAUCAAAUCGCCCUUGGGCUAGCCAUUACGGCCCACUGAAUCCCAUUGUCAAUAGCACCUAUGACCUGUUGACCAAACUCUUCCAGGAGGUGCUGGACCUCUUCAUUGAUGAGUACAUCCAUUUGGGCGCUGACGAAGUUGACCCGUCCUGUUGCAUAACAUGUCUGCGGGCCGGAUUAGACGCCAACUUUUAUCCUCAUUGUGGACCUCACUCGACAGGUCACAUUGGCAUUCAUCCAUAA